AUGGCCUGUGGAUCCAAGGCCGGAUGCUGUUCUGGCGACAAGAAGCCCCAGGACAAGCCCGUGGACAAGGACAAGGAUACGGAAACGGCCUUUUCUUCCUCCUGUUCGCCGGCUGAAGUCGGUGCUGAGACUAAAGUCGUUGCUCGUCUGCCUGCCAAAGAUGCUGCCUGUUGUGACCCGGAGGGCGACGAACGUUGCGACGAGACGUGCAUCGAGUCGUUGGCUGCUUAUGAGUGUCAGAAAGCCUGCGACGAUGCUCACGGAGCUGUUGCAUGGAGACGACGGGAAGCAUGGGGCCGUGGCCUGCAGCAGCCAUCUCCGUCUCGCCUUGAGCGCUUCAGCUCCUAUCUCGAGACGGCCCAGUGCAUCUGCCGCAGUGUCAUUGCCAACCACAGCCUCACUCCUUGCUGUGCCGGCCAGCCUGCCUCUUCUGCUCCAAAGGGUCAUCAUGAACAUGAACAUCAUGAAAAGUUUGGCGAGCUGGAUGAGAGCUCAAGCUGCUGCUCUGGCGGCCACGACCAUGAUGAUCACCAUGAUAACGAUGGACAUGACCAUGGCCACGGCCACGACAACACUGGAAACGGCAUCAUAAAGGGAGACACCGUUGACCUGGAAAAGUCCGCUGGCCACGAACAUGUCCUCCUCUCAGUCACCGGCAUGACCUGUUCCGGAUGCGGCAACAAGCUCUCCAAGGCCCUUCAGGAGACGCCCGCAGUCUUCAACGUCAAGGUCAACUUCGUCCUCGGUAACGCAGAGUUCGAUCUCGACACAACUCAAUUGUCCGUUGAGUCUCUCAUCGAAAGACUGGAUAAAGUCACUGGUUUCCGCUGCGUCAAGUCCUCUUCCUCCAACGACGACCACCAUGUUGAUCUACUCGUUCCAGCCGGCACUGCACCCACAGUCACCGCUGAGACUCUGCCCGCUGGAGUCAUCCAGGUUGAUACCCUCGAUGCAAAGACCGUCCGUAUAGCUUUUGAUCCGCUGGCUAUCGGGCCCAGAGACAUCAUCCAGGCCAUGGGAGAACGUACCACGGGACUCACGCCAAUCAACCACAAGGAUCCCUCUGCAGCCGCGGGCCGGAAACGGCUCUACUCGAUGCUAUACAAGACUACCUACGCUGCCGUGCUUACCAUUCCAGUCCUCGUGCUAGCAUGGGGCCAUACCCUGACUUCCAUGCGAACCAAGGCUAUCGUCUCGCUUGUUCUAGCCACCGGAGUGCAGGUGCUAGCCAUACCUGAGUUCUACAAGCCGGCCAUCACCUCUCUCAUCUACAGCCGCGUAGUCGAGAUGGACAUGCUGGUCGUCAUCAGCAUCACGGCUGCGUACCUCUACUCCGUCGUCGCAUUUGGCUUCACAAUGGCUAACAGACCUCUCGCCACGUCUGAGUUCUUCGAAACAAGCACUCUACUCAUCACCCUUGUGCUAUUCGGUAGGCUUGUGGCUGCCUAUGCUCGCAUCCGUGCCGUCGAGGCGGUGUCUACCCGCUCCUUACAGCCUGCUACUGCCCUCUUGCUUGAACCCAACGCCACCCAGGCCAGAGAGAUCGAUGCCAGACUGCUGCAGUUCGGAGACAGGUUCGUUGUCUCGCCUCACUGUACCGUCCCCACUGACGGGCGAGUGUUGGAGGGCACAAGCGAGGUCGACGAGUCCAUGCUGACGGGUGAGAGUCUGCCCGUUCUUAAGAAAAAGGGGUCGCAGUUGAUAGCCGGCACCAUCAACGGCUCGGGUUCACUGACUGCUCUCCUGACUCGCUUGCCGGGCAAGAACACCGUGGCUGAGAUAUCGAACCUGGUCGAAGAGGCGUCCAGCCAUAAACCAAAAGUCCAGGAUCUAGCUGAUAGAGUCGCCGGAUGGUUUGUUCCAGUGGUUACUGUUGCUGCGUCUAUCGUCUUGAUCGUCUGGCUGCUCGUCUGUCUCUUGGUCCGUAACCAGUCUGCCGGUGGUGCCAUAGGUACUGCCAUCACAUAUACCAUUGCCGUGUUUGCCGUCUCCUGUCCCUGUGGCGUUGGUCUGGCUGUCCCCAUGGUCCUCGUCGUUGCAGGUGGUAUCGCUGCUCGUGGAGGCGUCAUUAUCAAGUCCGCCGAGUCCACUGAGCGUGCAUACAAGGUAACAGACGUCGUGCUCGACAAGACCGGAACCAUUACAACUGCCGACCUCGAGGUCGUCGAGACCGUCUUACUCUCUGCUUCUGCAUCGGAGGAGAACAAAGAAGAUACCCUCGCCAUCACCGCAGCCUUAGUCCGCGAUAACAAACAUCCCGUCUCCGUUGCAGUGGCCAAACAUCUCACCGACCAAUCCCCCCAACGCCUCGAAAACAUCCGCAUCAUCCCCGGCGCAGGCGUAGAGUGCGUUAGAGACGGCACUACCACCUUCCGCGCCGGCAGCGCUCGCUGGCUCCAUGUCCAAGCCCACCCAGACGUUUCCCGCCUCAUCAACCAAGGCAUGACAACCCUCUGCAUAGCCCGCAACUCAACCUUGCUCGCCGUGUUCGGACUCAAGAAUAAUCCCCGUCCCGAAUCCGCGCGCGUCAUCCAGAAGCUCCAAUCCCGCGGCAUAACAGUGCAUAUCGUCAGCGGCGACGAAACCAAAGCCGUUGAAGAAAUAGCUGCUACAGUAGGUAUAUCUGCCGCUCAUAUAGCUGGUCGUCAAACCCCGGGAGACAAACAGACCUACGUCCAACAGCUCAUGCAAGACGGCAAAACAGUACUUUUCUGCGGAGAUGGCACCAAUGAUGCAGUUGCUAUCACGCAGGCAGACGUGGGAGUUCAGAUCGGUUCCUCGUCAGACGUCAGCAGAGCAACGGCGGAUGUUGUCUUGCUUAGCGGACUGGAAGGUAUCGUGGUAUUGCUUGAUGUCUCGCGGGCGUCUUUCAGACGUAUUGCGUUCAACUUCAUUUGGUCAGGUCUGUAUAACGUCUUCGCUAUACUGUUGGCUGCUGGAGCGUUUGUGUAUGUGCGUAUCCCCCCUGCGUAUGCUGGGCUGGGUGAGAUAGUGAGUGUCUUGCCUGUUAUCCUGGCUGCGCUGAGCAUGUUCUGGACCAGACGCUCCUUUGCCGUUUGA